GUAGAAUUCAGGAGGUACUAUGUUAAACGACCAGCCCAGUGCAUGCAUGCCUAAGAGACCAUCCGUUCGGCCUCUUCUCGCUUUUCCGCCUCGCCCUUGCUGGCUACUUACCUUUCUUGAUUGUUCGGAGCGAGCUCGAGCACAGUCGAUCCACCUGCGUUUGCCCGCAGAGAUAGCUAGAACCUAGUCGGCAGUAGGAACGCUUCUCAUUCAUCCACGGCCUCCUCCCCAGCAUUCCUCGCGGCUAUGGGGUAGAGUCGGGCGGGUGCUCAGAGCUUGGACUGCUGAGCAGCAUGAUAAGAAUCUCUACCCCGCCUGAUCGACAUGGUCUUCAGGCCAAAGGUCCGUCCGUAAAAGCAUCUACAGCAGAUCGAGAGAGUAGAUGGAGUCCGGGAGUCCGCAGCUGUGAUGAACGGGAAACAUGGAAGGAUUCGACCGGAGCAGCUGCGACCGGGGUCCGGAUGAGACCCCAAUGGGAAAUUGGGCGAGGUGCGACCGGGACUGGGAGGGAAGCCCUCGUCGGACAUGAGCUAUCUGCCUUGACAAAAAUAUCAACAGUAUCAACUCGAUUUCCACUGGCUGACACCCGACUUUUCUCGUGGGUUGCACCUCGAAUCAUGAUCACGUUACGAGGUUGCUCCCGCUGCACCGGGGCAUGGACCAGGGCAGCAGCUGUCACAACCGGAGAAUCCGGUAGAAAACUGGGCGACUUUCUCACGUCAGACCUGAAGGAAGCAAUGGGCAAGGUCUACUAAAGUAGUUAGCUGUCAAACCCAGCACUCACUUACUAUAUAGUAUAUA